CAAGAAAAGAUGUAGAAUAGUUCAUUGACAAUUGAUAGACGGCAAAACUAAUCAUGGUUCAAAGCUCCACUGAAAUUUGCGGGAUUGUGUAAUAAACAUGUUUGGACCUGUUUGUUUUGGGCAGUGUCGUUUGUGUGUGUGUCGUUUGUUGGUUUCAGGCGAGCUGCAGAACGUUUUUUCGUCACUUCACUUGUUUCCCUCAACUCGACAACAGCAGUCUCAGGUUUUGUUAACCACAACAAUGGCUUUGAACCAGCUUUUCAACCCGCUCAACCCUGUCGCCCAAUUAUUGGCUCAAUUACGCCAAAAUCCUCCACCCCCUCUCCCUCAACUCGACACGAUUUGGGAGUGGGACGAUUUAACGGGGGCUCCCAUUUUUCCCGACCCAAACAAUGUCUGGAAACGCUUCCUCCCGUCUACUCUCCGGGAUCGACGUUUUGCGUCAACGCCAGUUGGAGCGGCUUUUGUAGCUGGGAUGGAAGGGAAUUUGCAGACAUUUGAUGUGCAUUGUGGGGCCAAUCGGUGUCCGACCAACACAGCCAUGAUAGCCCUUUUCCGGAUGAUUCUGCAGGAGGACAUCAAGAAAAUAAAUGUCACCCGAGUUGGCCCCAGCCUAACCAUCACCAAAACAGUUAACCCGCUAAUGGAUUACGAUGCAAUUUAUCCACUCCAGGCAUUGAGGACAGAGGGCAGACUAGUGGAUGGUAUGCGCUAUCGACUUGGAUGGCGAUCAGUUGAUGCGAGAUCCCUUCACCCACUUCAAUUUUUUCCACCGACCCGAGGAUCGUCGAUAUGCCUUUAUCGAGGGGGGAUUCGCCAGCACAUAUCAACGACGUGGCCAUGAAUAUUUCUUUGCAAUGCAAUGUGGGGGUUUUGUAUACAAUGCCGCGAAUUUCAGUGGGGCUUUGAACCAUUAUUAGUUUCGCCAUUCGCCGUCUACUAUUUUUAAUGAAAUAAUAUUCUAUUCAAUUUUUACUAUCCUUUAUUUUUUUCU